AAGUACAUAAGUAAACAACGUUCUGUCUGAUCAAUUUUCUUGUGCGUCUGUAAUUUUAAUUUGCUGUUCUCUAUUUCGUUUUGUCCUACAAAUUGUGGAUUACCCAUUAUGGAAACGGACGGACCGUUGCAGGAAUCCAAUUCCGCAUCGGAAUUACAGGAUGACGUACCAAGUGACAAUCCGGAGGGCUACUGUCGACUGUGCUUUUCAGAACAGAACAUUGUUUCGCUGUUCCCUCCGGAUGGAAAUUAUGUACGCGAGGUGACGGAGAAAAUUCGUUACUGUGCUGGUGUUAAGAUUACAGUUCGUGAUGACUUCCCUGCAGGCAUCUGUACCGCUUGCGUGGCAUUCAUGGACGAAGUCUACCAAUUUCAGAGACGAAGCAAACACUGCGAUGAAAUUAUACGGUCCAAGAGAAAUUUGCUGGAGCAAAUUCAAGUCAAAGUAGAACUAAGGGAAGACGAAGGCAUUGCUGGUGUAUCCCGUUUUCCUGCAGCGGAGUCCGCUGCUUCCCAAGAGGAACGAGAGGAAUUUGCCGCAGGAGAUUGCCUCUCUGAAAGCAGUAUUAUAGCGGAUGCCAUAACAAGUUUAAACGGAAUAGGGGAAUUGAUGGGAACUUUUCAGGGCGGAUUAGACCAGCAAGUGUUUCCAAAAAUGGAACCGUCGGUAGCGGCCAACGCUAACAAGGAACACCGUUGUAUGGUUUGCGGUCAAACGUUUCCCGAUAGGGAAUCCUGGAUGGUUCACCUGGGAGAUCAUGCCGAAGAGCGACCCUAUCAGUGUCUUGAAUGCUUGGCACAAUUUCGUGAAAAACGAUCAUUAGCCCGACAUAUGAAGGCAGUGCAUGAAGAAAUCCGUGACCGUAAGUGUCCCUACUGUCCGAAAUCAUUCAAGUACAGUCACCAUCUGAGAUACCACAUUCGUACGCAUACUGGCGAACGUCCGUACGUUUGCGAACUGUGCAACGACAGUUUUUCGCAGCAUAUUCAGUGGAAGCGGCACCAGGCGAAGCACCAGCGGCAACCGGAUCAAAUUGCAUUGAUGCAGUCUGCUGGCGGGGUCGGUAGCGGUGCCAGCGGUGGAAUCAUAACCGAAGACUCGUCUAUCAAGUGCGAGUUCUGUCCGCGAGUGUUUUCCAGACUGCAGGACUACCGGCGGCACGCACCGAGUCACAAUGCAGAAAACUUGAAUCUGGAUAGCCUGGCCGAACAUCAGCUAGUGACACUGCAAACGAUGCAUCAGCGUUAGAGAUCACACACUGUUGUCAUUGUGUAAUACUGAUUAUGUACCCAUUUUUGUGCAUUAUGGAUUAAAUGAAAGAUCAACUCUGGACACGGUA